AUGACACGAACGGAGCCAAUUGCUAUCAUCGGCACAGGCUGCCGAUUUCCGGGGUCGGCCACCUCACCCUCUCGGCUCUGGGAGCUACUGAGUAAUCCGCGUGAUGUAGCGUCCAAGCCUCCUUCUGAACGUUUCAAUGCAGACGCCUUCUACCAGGCUGGCAAAGCUCGACCUGGCAUGACAAAUGCCCCCGAGUCGUAUUUCCUUCAGCAAGAUGUUCGGACAUUCGAUGCGCCUUUCUUCAAGAUUUCCCCUGCUGAAGCAGCAUCAAUGGACCCUCAACAGAGAUUACUCAUGGAAGUAGUGUAUGAAUCUCUUGAAAGGGCUGGGUUGCCACUUCAACGUUUGCAGGGUUCGUCGACCGGCGUUUACUGCGGCUCCAUGAACAACGAUUACGGUCAGCUUCUUGGGGCAGAUACCGAUUGCUUGCGUCCUUUCUCACUCACCGGGGGGGCCACCUCGAUUCUUGCUAAUCGGCUCUCCUACUUCUUUGACUGGCGUGGGCCGUCCUUCGUCCUAGAUACGGCAUGCUCCUCAAGCUUGAUAGCACUGCAUCUAGCAGUGGAGGCUCUACGCAAUGAUGACUGUUCGCUCGCGGUCGUCGCGGGUAGUAAUCUGAUCCUCUCCCCAGACCCAUAUAUUGGGGAGUCCCAGGCGCACAUGUUGUCGCCCACGGGGCGCAGUUAUAUGUGGGAUGUACGCGCAGAUGGCUAUGCUCGGGGCGAAGGGGUGGCUGCGCUAGUACUGAAGCGCCUUCAGGACGCGGUGGCUGAUGGUGAUCCCAUUGAAUGUGUGGUCCGCUCCACUGGCGUCAAUUCUGAUGGCCGUACUGAGGCGCUUACCAUGCCUAAUGGCGAGGCACAGCGGGAUCUUAUUCGCUCAACAUAUGCGCGGGCUGGUCUUAACCCCCUUCGCCGAGAAGACCGCUGUCAGUUUUUCGAAGCCCAUGGGACAGGAACACAAGCAGGUGAUCCCCAAGAGGCAUUUGGUAUUUCUGCUGCUUUCUUCAACGAUGACUCACCAUCCGAUGAUAUUCUGUAUGUGGGAUCCAUCAAAAGUGUACUGGGCCACGCGGAAGGCGCUGCAGGGAUCGCCGGGGUUAUCAAAGCAUCCCUGGCCAUUCAACGCGGUGCUAUACCUCCAAAUUUACUGUUCAACGAACUCAGCCCCAAGGUAGCGCCAUACGCCUCCCACCUUCGGAUUCCGACUCAAGCUCUUCCCUGGCCAGAUCUUCCUUCCGGGACUCCGCGACGGGUAUCGGUCAACUCGUUUGGUUUUGGAGGGGCCAACGCGCAUGUCAUACUAGAGAGUUUCAGCGGAGCUGCAUCUUCAUCGUCGCACUGCCAAACAGCAGUACCGGCAAUCCUUCCGUUCGUAUUCUCAGCUGCGUCCGAAGUCUCACUAACUGCGGUCCUUCGGCAAUACAUUGAUUAUUUGGAAUACCACCCUACGGUAAACCUAUUGGAACUAGCCGCCUCUCUUCUAGGAAAGCGAUCCAGCUUGAGUCAUCGUCUCGUUUUGACAGCAGACUCACUCGAAAAUCUCCAAGAGGCCCUGAAGGGCGAAGUACAACGCCGCUCCACUGACACAUCAUCAACUGUUACCCGACGGCUCACUCCUGAGCCGAAGAGGAUACUUGGUGUUUUCACGGGCCAAGGCGCACAGUGGCCACAAAUGGGCUUGGACGUUAUUUCCCAAUGCCCUCAGGCACUGGCCUGGCUGCAGGAGCUUCAAGAAGCCUUGGACACACUUCCUACAGAAUACCGACCGGAUUUCACUCUCCUAGAUGAACUGUCCGCUCCAGAGGCAACCUCCCGACUCAACUCCGCAGCAGUUUCGCUACCUCUGCGUACAGCACUACAAAUCAUUCAGGUCAAUAUCUUGCGGUCCCUAGGCAUAGAAUUUGCGGCAGUGGUUGGACAUUCGUCCGGUGAGAUUGCUGCAGCUUAUGCUGCGGGCCGGCUAACCCUGAAAGACGCCAUUCGGAUUGCGUACUUGCGAGGAGUGGCGGCACAGCAUGCUGGCUCUCAAGGAAAGUCCGGUGCUAUGGUAGCACUUAGUGUACCUUGGGAGCAGGCAGAUGCCAUUCGUAGCGAAGCGAGUUAUUCUGGUACCAUUGCCGUGGCUGCCUUUAAUUCUCCUAUCAGCGUGACUUUUUCGGGAGACAGCGACCUAAUCACGGAGUUGGAGUGGGUGACAGAGAGUCUCGGCUAUUCUCCACGGCGUCUGCGCGUCGAUACAGCCUAUCACUCUCAUCAUAUGAUUCCCUGCGCUGAACCAUAUGUUCAAUCCAUGAGACAGUGCCAGGUUCAGACACGCCAGGGCUCAUCGGACACCAAGUGGUUUUCCAGCGUCUUCGAGGACAAGAUUAUGGAGGAGCUAGACAUCCAGUAUUGGAGUGAUAAUAUGCUUCGCCCUGUGCUCUUCGCACAGGCUUUGACAGCUGCGAUUAACCACCUCCCAGGGCUUGAUGCGAUUAUAGAGGUGGGACCCCAUGCUGCUCUUCAGGGACCCACCAUGCAAACCCUGUCCGCUAUCAAACCUGACGAAGCCGACGUUCCUUACGUGGGAAUGUCCAAUCGCAAGUCUGGUGGUAUUGAAGCUCUAGCACUUGCAGUGGGCUCUUUCUGGGCGAACUUGGGAGCAGAAACUCUGGAUGUUCCAUCAUACAUCCGACUCUUUUCACCGUCUUUAGAGGUUAGCUAUAUUCCUGAUCUUCCCAGCUAUCCAUUCGAUCACAAUCAAAAGCACUGGGCUGUUUCACGCUUAGCCGCCGCGCGCAUCAGUCGCCGCCUGCCUAUCCAUCCCCUCCUUGGCGCCCUCACUCCGGAGACUGGUGAAGCAGAAUGGCGUUGGCGUAACUUCCUGCGGGUGCAGGACUUGGACUGGAUGGACGGACACCAAGUGCAAUCCCAAGUAGUGUUUCCCGCUACUGGAUAUCUCGUCAUGGCUCUCGAAGCGGCUCGUAUCAUUGCAGACCAACGGCCGCUCCAACUCGUCGAGAUACGCGACCUUACGAUUGAUCGCGCAAUUACCGUACCUGACAAUGCCUCUGGGGUAGAGAUGUUGUUUACCUUUUAUCGGACAGACAACGACAAUCACAAGUUCACCGGAGCGUUCACCUGUCAAUCGAGCCAUGAUAAUGAUGCCUUUCGCGGUUGCGCAUCCGGUCGCUUGGAAGUGACAUUUGGCGAAUCUGAUGCGACCCUCUUACCAUCAUUGGGCCCGACAGCCUCCGGACUACGCUCGGUGGAUUCUGGGGAGUUCUACCAGAAGUUAGAUGUGCUGGGAUAUGGCUACUCGGGUAUAUUCCGCACUCUCCACGACAUCCGGCGUCGAAAAGACAUUGCCUUUGCCAGAAUACCAGCCCUUGAUGUCGGUUCGGAGCUUCUAAUUCACCCCGCUACACUGGACACUGGCCUACAGGUUAUGAUGGCAGCAAUGGGAGAUCCUAACGACGGCCAACUGUCGGGGCUGUAUCUUCCCACUAGGAUUGCAAGCACGACAAUCAACCCUUCUUUCUACCGGGUCGCAUCGCCUAGUCCUUAUGAGGUAGUGGCCACAUUGUCCUGGGCCGACUUCUCAGGGACGCGCGGUGAUAUUGAUAUCUUCAAUCAUCAAGGCCAUGGGGUAGUUCAAAUAGAGGGUGUUGAGAUUGCUGCCCUUGCACGGCCGAAUGUAGAUGACGUUAGGUCAUUCGGAGAACAGGCGUGGGGCCCUUUGCUGCCAAACGCGGCCCUCCUCAGCCCCCCGGACCUUCCUAACUGUUACUUAGAGCUCAAUCACCUAGCUUUGCUUUACUUGAGGGAUACGCAACAGCAGUUAGUGACAGAGGAUCGUCAGCAGCUAGACUGGCACCGAGGCCGCUAUGUAGCGUGGAUGGAUCGGCUGUUGGCCCGGGUGCGCGCUGGUGACCAUCCCAUCUAUCCUCCUCAAUGGCUUGAGGGCGAAUACACCUGGUCUCUCCCAGAAGAUUGGAAGGAAGUCGUCAAAUACCACCUGGCAGCACUAGAAGCGGGAGGGCCAAAACUGAUAGAGUGGCUGCGGGGCCAGGCCAGCAUCAUGGAAGAGCUACGCCGCGACGAUCUCUUGACUCGAUUCUAUCAGGAUCGCGCGUUUCGAGCCAUGACUCGCGGCCUCGCCGAUGUUGUGGGUCAGUUGGCCUUCCGCUACCCUCGCAUGAAGAUUCUGGAGGUUGGAGCCGGGACAGGUUCGGCAACACGAGAGGUGCUCGAUCGAAUUGGACGGGACUACCAUUCAUACACAUACACCGACAUCUCUGCAGCAUUUUUCGAGGAAGCCCAAAGUAUGUUUGUAGCGGACAAGGAUCGCUUCAUCUACCAGGUCUUGGAUCUGGAGCGGGAUCCGACAGAGCAGGGCUUUCCCGAGCAUGAGUACGACUUGAUCGUUGCAAGCAACGUGCUGCAUGCCACCCGUUCCUUAUCCAAGACCAUGACCCACCUUCGACGGUUGUUGAAACCGGGCGGGCGCGCCAUUGUGCUCGAGAUAGCUGAACCCGAAGAUGUUGCCGUCUCGACCAUUUUUGGCGCGUUUGAGGGAUGGUGGUUAGGAGAAAACGAUAGCCGCCCCUGGGGGCCCAUAGUAUCCAGUGACACCUGGGACCAAGUGCUGCAGAACUCGGGCUUCGGAGGUUUCGAGACCCUUUCGCCUCGAGCAGUGAUAGACAAGACGGGUCUUAUGGUGUUUAGCGCUCAGGCUGUUGACGAUCGCAUUGCAAAGUUGCAGCGUCCACUCUCGGUGCCCGCCACGGAGCAAUAUCCGGAUCUUGUGAUAGUUGGGGGUGUCUCUGCCCGCACAGAACAUCUAGUGGCAAAAGUUCGGAAUCGUGUGGCUCCAUAUUUCGCUCGCGUCAGCCAUGUCGUUACGCUCGAAGCGUUCGUCCCUCCGCCCGAUGCAUUGUUAAUGGCCGUUUUGGUCUUGUCCGACAUGGAUACUCCCUGCCUGCAAGACAUUUCCGUGGAACGUCUGCACGGUAUGCAGGAACUGUUCCGAAAGACAGGGAAGCUCCUCUGGACUGCAACGGGGAAGCCCGGUGAGAAUCCGUAUCAGGUCAUGACCAAAGGCAUUUUACGCAAUUUGGCUAGCGAAAUCCCACACGCCCUAAUCCAGCACCUCACCAUCAGUGAGCCGUGUGCAGAUGACUCUGAGACCCUAGCCACCGCACUCAUGCGGCUUGUUCACACGGAUUUCUAUAAUGAUUAUAGCCUUGCAGACGGCACUGAGAAUCCGGAAUGGGAACUCCGGUUGGAAAAUGGGAUAAUGAUGAUCCCUCGGUUGCUGGCCAGUCGUACGAUUAAUAGGCGACUCUUUACUAGUCGUGGCUUCUUCAAUAAGGAAAGUGUCGAACCCCAGCUGGUGCCCGUGAAGGUCGUUCCUGAUAAGGCGGGACUCACCCUGGCCUCUUUGCCCGAGCGGAUACCGUCAAACCAGACAGACCUUGAGAACGGCAAGGACAUCAUCUCUAUCCAAGUCCAUUAUGCCACUCUUUACGCUGUCUAUGUCGAGUCCGUUGGCUUUCUACACCUUGUUCUGGGACGAGACCGGAAGACCCGCACGCGCAUUGCAGCCCUUUCCGUCAAUCAUGGAUCAGUCGUUUCUACCCCAGCAUCUUGGUCUUUGGACGUUCCUAGCUGGCUCCCCGAGGAACAUGAAGCAGCAUUCUUGAGCGGAGUGACUACGGCCAUCGUUUCCCGUUACCUAGUCAACAAAACACCUUCCAAUACCGUUCUCAUCGUCGACGAAGCUCCAGCAUCUAUUCAACAAUCAGUGGCCGUGAUGGCCUCCAUUAAAGGCGUCAGAGUACGUUUUACUACAAGCACUGCGGUCUCCCACAAAAGUCCAACCACACUUUUCAUUCCACCCCGUAGCUCGUCGCGUGCGAUUUCGCGCCUGUUGCCUGCUGGGGUUUCGGCUUUCGUCAGUUUCAGACCUGAGACAGACAGUACCAUCGCUAGGCUUAAGUCUUCGCUGUCUCAUGUAGUGGCAACCUACAGCUUGCACAGCUUUUACGGCGGCUCUUCGCUCUUAAACGCAGAGGGUGAGGGUAUCUCCUGCGCAGAUAUACUGGAAACAUCCUGCCUUUUUGCAGAACAACAACUUGGCUCUCAUACUGCUGUUGUCACGAUCAAGCCAGAGGACAUUCAAACAUACUCGCUCAGCAGUGACCGCUCCGCAAUAGUCGACUGGCUGCAUUCAGGGCCUGUGUUAGCCUAUCCUCUAGCGGCCAGCUCUCUUGUGAACUUAAAGGCGCACAAAACAUAUCUACUAGUCGGAAUGACCGGUGAUCUUGGACGAUCAGUCUGUCAUUGGAUGAUUAGCCGUGGAGCUCGCCAUCUGGUUCUGACAAGUCGAUCUCCGAAUGUUGACCCUGGCUGGCUCGAGGAGAUGUCGGCUCUCGGGGCUCGUGUCGUUGUCAUGGCCAUGGAUGUUUCGGACCGUACUUCAGUCAUGCGCGUACAUAACCACAUCCUCGCAGACCUUCCACCGGUCGGUGGUGUCGUGAACGGUGCGAUGGUCGCCCGGGAUUGCGCGUUCACCGAGACUUCAUUUGAAGACGUGAACACUGUUCUAAAGCCAAAGAUUGAUGGCAGCAAGAUACUGGAUGAACUCUAUCAGGAUGAAGGGCUAGAUUUCUUCAUCUUGAUGGGCUCUCUUGCCGGUAUGAUAGGUAGUUUCAACCAAUCGAUCUAUGCUGCCACGGCGGUCUUCAUGGAGGACCUUGUGCUUCAGCGGCGACUCCGCGGCCAGGUGGGCAGCAUUAUCCAUCCAGCUGAGGUACGCGGCGUCGGAUACGUGACACGCAUGGGGUCGCAGUUCAGUAGCAAUGUUGUCAAGCUUUUCGGAGAGUGUAUACUGUCCGAGCGUGACCUGUUGGAGCAGUUUGCAGAGGGCAUCCUGGCUAGUCGACCUGGUUCUGGUCUGAAUCCCGUCAUCUCGUGUGGUCUUGCUAUGACAGACCCGACAGUAUAUCCCGAUGUAAUAUGGUUCAAAAACCCGACUCUUUGGUCACAUGUCCACUACUUCCGGCACUCGGAGAGCCUGGGGAGCAGAAAGGAGCAAGUACCUAUCAAGACACAGCUGCAGUCGGCGAACAGCUUGAGCGAGGCGGCCGGGAUUAUUGCUACUGGGUUCUCUCAGAAGGUGCAGCGCAAGCUGCAACUGCCUUCGAAUUCGGAUCUACCUGGAACGACCCUAUUGUCCGAUCUUGGUAUAGACUCGCUCAUAGCAGUCGAUCUGCGGGUUUGGUUUGUCAAGGAACUAGGUGUGGAUAUGCCGGUGCUAAAACUGUUGGGAGGGUCGUCCAUCGAUGCCGUGGCGCAAGAUGCGGCUGAGAAGCUGGAUCCAGCACUACUGCCGCAGCUGCAGGCAUAA